UCGCCGCUAACCUCUCUGUCGCUUUCUCCUCUCUCCUUUCCUUUCCUUCUCGGGGAUGCCUCUGGACACCUCCUGCUCCGCCACCGCCUUCGCUCGGGAACAGGAAGGCUCGGACGACGGCCCAGAUUUCCUUUCCGAGGAAGACCGAGGACUUAGAGCUGUUACUGUAGAUCUGCAAACUGAUGCUGCUUUGCAAGUGGACAUUUCAGAUGCUCUUAGUGAAAGGGACAAAGUCAAAUUCACUGUUCAUACAAAGAGUUCUUUACCAAACUUCAAACAAAAUGAAUUUUCAGUUGUCAGACAACAUGAAGAGUUUAUCUGGCUUCAUGAUUCCUUUGUUGAGAAUGAAGAUUAUGCAGGCUACAUUAUACCACCAGCGCCACCGAGGCCUGACUUUGAUGCUUCAAGAGAAAAAUUGCAGAAGCUUGGUGAAGGAGAAGGAUCCAUGACUAAGGAAGAAUUUACAAAGAUGAAGCAAGAAUUAGAAGCAGAAUACUUGGCAAUCUUCAAAAAGACAGUAGCUAUGCAUGAAGUCUUCUUAUGCCGUGUAGCAGCUCAUCCCAUUUUGAGAAAGGACUUAAAUUUCCAUGUCUUCUUGGAAUAUAAUCAGGAUUUGAGUGUACGGGGAAAAAAUAAGAAAGAGAAACUUGAAGACUUCUUUAAAAACAUGGUUAAGUCUGCUGAUGGUGUGAUUGUUUCAGGAGUAAAGGAUGUAGAUGAUUUUUUUGAACAUGAAAGAACAUUCCUUGUAGAAUAUCACAAUCGUGUCAAGGAUUCCUCUCUCAAGUCUGAUAAAAUGACACGAUCCCACAAAAAUGUUGCAGACGACUACAAUAGAAUUGGUUCUUCAUUAUAUACAUUGGGAACACAGGACUCCACAGAUAUAUGCAAAUUUUUCCUGAAAGUAUCUGAAUUGUUUGAUAAAACAAGGAAAGUAGAGGCCCGCGUAUCUGCUGAUGAGGAUCUUAAACUCUCAGAUCUUCUAAAAUACUACCUAAGAGAAUCACAAGCUGCAAAGGACCUUUUGUAUAGGAGAUCAAGGUCAUUGGUAGAUUAUGAAAAUGCUAACAAGGCACUGGACAAAGCAAGAGCAAAGAACAAAGAUGUACUGCAAGCUGAAAAUACUCAGCAGCUUUGCUGUCAUAAAUUUGAAAAAAUAUCUGAAUCAGCAAAACAAGAACUUAUAGAUUUUAAAACUAGAAGAGUUGCUGCAUUCCGGAAGAAUCUAGUAGAACUGGCGGAAUUGGAACUGAAACAUGCUAAGGGCAAUUUACAGCUGUUGCAGAGUUGUCUGGCAGUGCUUAAUGGUGAUACAUAAACUAGAAUCUGUCAUCCUGUUAAUAAGGGCUGCCUUCCACUGGAGUUUACGACUUUGAGUUAAUAUUUACAACUUGGUGAAUUUGGUGGCAAAGGAUAAUGAGUUAAUAUUUACAGCUUGGUAAAUUUGGUGGCAAAGGAUACACAAACAUGUUCCUUUUUUCCAAAAAAAAAACCACAUAAGCGUAUCAGAAUAAUUCCAAAUUAUAUGAAGCAACAAUAUAUUUGCUACAUACAAAUAGUCACGUUAAUUUAAUCACUGUACACUCUUAUUGUCUAAGAAACCAAAUGUUCUGAGUCUUUCUUUUGUGAGAGUAGCCAAUAGAAUUAUGUUUUUGUUUAAAGCUAGUGUUAAAUAUUGCUGCCACUCUUAUUUUACUACCUUUGUAAUGUCUGAAGCUGAUUUGAAACAUAUGGUUUCAAAACAAUUAAAUAUUGCCACUAGGUGUUUGGAUAAUGUUACUGUAAAGCAUUGUAUUGGUUAUUUCACAUAUUGUUAUCAAGCAUCUUAACUUUUUCAAAUAACAUUUCCUAGAAAUUUUGGAGCAAACUUUAUGUAAUCUUUAUAAUACAACUUCAGAAAAAAAGCAAAUGCAUUAGUAUAUUUGCCUUAACUUGUAGACUAAUCCCAAUUACUGUAAAAUAAACAGCGCAAUCAUUGAAUUUUUCUAAAAUCACAA